CCUUGCUUUUCUGCUUUACUAUUCAAUACUCUGGCCGACCGCAUCAACACAGUUGUAUGUAUAUAUAUAUAUUCAUCGAUAUGAACAUCAAAGCAUUAUGACUGAAUCACCACCUAAUCACCUCUCCUUCUCUCUCUGAAUCACUCACACAGUAACAAUCCAUGGCUAAAUCUCCUUCUCUCGAGCUUGAUUUUUUCGGCAUGGAGAAACGCUCCACCGCCCCCGUUUUUCAGCGCAGAAGAAGCUUCCGCGAUAUACAAGGUGUUAUAUCGAAGAUGAAUCCGGAGGUGGUGAAGAGCGUGAUCGGGAAUGGCGGUUUGGGAUCGAAGAAAUCAGCAUCGUCUGCUGCAAUUGCCCCUCCUCAAUCGCCAAUUUCCGAUCCUAAACUCAGAGCUCCGAUGACGAUUUUCUACAACGGAGUGGUUUCUGUGUUUGACGUGUCCCCACGUAAGGCGCAAAAUAUUCUCAAAACCGCGGAUGAAUUCGUUCCUUGUAAAUCGGCAGAAAAUUUGGAAUCCAACUCCAAGACUGAGAGAAACUUGCUUGAAUCUCUGAAUGGAGAUCUGCCGAUAUCAAGGAAGAAUUCUCUGCAAAGGUUUCUGGAAAAGCGAAAGGAGAGGCUGGUUUCGGUGUCCCCUUAUUAACAUCGCCGUGGAAACAAAAAAGGGGCAUAUUGUAUUAAAUAAAUGUAAUGUUGAAAAGAAAACAUUAUAAUUUGUGGUAAUUGCGUAAUUACGUGAGAAAAAAGAGACAGGUGUGGUGAAAGUGGGAGAAUCUUUGGUGGUUGGGAAGGCAAGAAGCACGUUUUUUAGUUGUGUUUUAGGUUUUAAAUUUUGAAUAGUACUAUCCUUGUUUCGUCGCACUUUCUGGGUCAGCUUUUUUCUGCGUCAAUGCAGUUUCGCGUUUUAGUCACGUUGAUAGUGUGGCAUGCUACCACCCACUUUUUUCAUUAUUGUAACACUAAUUUAACAUUUUUUUGUUAAAUUAGUUGCUGUUGUUUUAAUGCAAUCUUAUGUUGUGUGUUGUA